AUGGCUGCUUUGUGUCCUAUUGCCAGUAUCAGACCUUUGUCGCGAUCCGAUGUGAUGAUUGCUGCGUACAACAACGAGCGACCCUCCGAGAUCCUGCUUGAUGAUCGUACCAUCCACACUGAAAUCAAUAUCCGCUUUAUACCAACGUUGGUUAAUUUUAAGGUGCAAGCUAAGGAUUUUUUAGCGAUCUUCGUCGAACAGCAUGAUUUUCAGGCUAAAAAGGUUUGA